AUGCAGGACCAGACCUACGUCCUGGUCACCGGUGCCAACAGUGGCCUCGGUUUUUCCAUCUGCUGCCGAGUAGUGGACGAAUUCCUCGAAUCGACUCGCCAGAGAACCAUCGACCAGUCAUUGACCGUCAUCUUCACCACCCGGAGCACCAGAAAGGGGAAUGACACCCUCCGGCUUCUGCAAGACUACCUGCGCACCUCCGCCAAUGCCUCCGCCGCUGCCCGAGUGACUUUCAUCCCCGAGAAUGUCGACCUGUCCAACCUCGUCUCUGUGCGAGCCCUCUCUCGCCGACUGACCCAAACCUUCCCCAAGCUCGACGCAAUCCUGCUGAACGCCGGCAUAGGCGGUUGGACGGGCAUCGAUUGGCCCCGAGCCGUCUGGGAUAUCUGCACCGACCCGGCCCACGCCGUCACCUGGCCGGCCUACAAGCUUGCGUCGGCCGGCGUGGUCACCGAUCCUCAGACCGCGCGCGUCGACCAAGAGCCUCGCCUGGGCGCCGUGUUCUGCGCCAACGUCUUCGGCCACUACAUGCUCGCUCACAAUGUCAUGUCUUUGCUGCGACGGCCCGGCCAGUCGGGUCGCAUCAUCUGGGUCUCCAGCAUCGAAGCUACCGUGAACCUCUUCGACCCUGACGACCUCCAGGGCCUCCGCACCACCACCCCCUACGAAUCCUCCAAGGCCCUGACCGACAUCCUGGCCUUGACGUCCGACCUCCCCAGCGUCGCUCCCUGGGUCCGAAGCUUCCACUCCAUCGACGACCGCACCGCCGCGGACACAACCCCCCAAUCCUCUGACCCUCCCCUCCCCCCGCCAAACACCUACCUCUCCCACCCCGGCAUCUGCGGCACCGCCAUCAUCCCCCUCGCCCUGCCGCUCUUUUACCUCAUGCUUGCCGCCUUCUGGUUCGCCCGCGUCCUCGGCUCCCCCUGGCACACUCUGUCCACAUACCUGGGUGCCCGCGCCCCCGUGUGGCUGGCUCUGGCCCCGCAAUCGGCCCUCGACGAAGCGGAAUCCGCGUACCGGCGUCACGGCGGCGGGCGCGCGAAAUGGGGCUCGUCCUGCGGCCUCUGGGGGCCCGCUACCUCCGCCUCGACCGAGGUCGACGGAUGGGGGUACGGCGGUGUCGUGGGACCUGCCGUUGUCGAGGAGGAUCGCACGCGGAGACGCAAGCGCGGCGCGACGGAACUCACGGCGGAAGAGAAAGAGCGGUUCGAGGAGCUGGGACGAACGUGCUGGCAGCGUAUGGAGGAGUUGCGGGUCCAGUGGGAUGGCAUUCUGGAUGAGGUAGAGAAGACGCAGGCCUAG